AUGGGCGCCCGUCCUGUCGCCGCGCCCCCACCAAUCGGCGCAGGCCCGGCUGCCGCGCGGCCAAUCGGCGCCCGUCCUGUCGCCGCGCCGCGACCAAUGGGCGCCCGUCCUGUCGCCGCGCCCCGACCGAUAGGCAACGCCUGUCGCCGCGCCCCGACCAAUGGGCGCCCGCGCGGCCCCUACGUUCUGACCAAUGGGCGCCCGCCCGGCCUCCGCGCCCCGACCAAUCGGCGCCCGUCCUGUCGCCGCGCCGCGACCAAUGGGCGCCCGCCCGGCCUCUACGCCCCGACCAAUCGGCGCCGGCUUGGCCGCCGCGCCCCGACCAAUCGGCGCCCGUCCUGUCGCUGCUCCGAGACCAAUGGGCGCCCGCCCGGCCUCCGCGCGGCGACCAAUGAGCGACCGCCCGGCCACCGCGCCGCGACCAAUGGGCGCCCUUCCUGUCGCCGCGCCCCGACCAAUCGGCGCCCGCCCGGCCGCCGCGCCCCGACCAAUCGGCGCCCGUCCUGUCGCCGCGCCGCGACCAAUGGGCGCCCGCCCGGCCUCCGCGCGCCGACCAAUGAGCGUCCGCCCGGCCACCGCCCGGCCUCCGCGCUGCGACCAAUCGGCGCCCGCCCGGCCUCCACGCUGCGACCAAUCGGCGCCCGCCCGGCCUCCGCGCUGCGACCAAUGGGCGCCCUCCCAGCCUCCACGCCCCGACCAAUCGGCGCCGGCCCGGCCGCCGCGCCCCGACCAAUCGGCGCCCGUUCUGUCGCCGCGCCGCGACCAAUGGGCGCCCGCCGGCCUCCACGCCCCGACCAAUCGGCGCCGGCCCGGCAGUCGCGCCCCGACCAAUGGGCGCCCGUCCUGUCGCUACGCCGCGACCAAUGGGCGCCCGCCCGGCCGCUGCGCCGCGACCAAUGGGCGCCCCCCGGCCUCUGCGCCGCGACCAAUGGGCGCCCCCCGGCCUCUGCGCCGCGACCAAUGGGCGUGCGGGGAGUGCGGGGAUCGCGGGGAGCCCCGCCCACUGACCCUCUCCCGGGCGGGGGGCGCGCCCGCGUGGCCGUCUCCCAGACGCCCCGUUUAAGGGAGCGAGGCUCUCUCCGGCCCCUGCCCCUGCCCCUGGCCGGGGGUCCGCCUCUGCCCGGGGGUCCGCCCCCGCCCGGGGGCGAGCUGUCCGGGGAGCAGGAGGCGGAGGAGAGCCACCGGCAGGACAGCGCCAGCCUGCUGACCUUCACGGCGCUGCUGACCCUCACCAUCCUCACCAUCUGGCUCUUCAAGCACCGGCGGGCCCGAUUCCUGCACGAGACCGGCCUGGCCAUGAUCUACGGCCUGAUCGUCGGGGUGAUCCUGCGGUACGGCUUCCCGGCCGGCGGGGCCCGGGAGCGGCCCCCGGCCUGCUCCCCCGGCACCCGGCCCUUCUCCACGCUGCUCGUCAACGUCAGCGGGAAAUUCUUCGAGUACACCCUGAAGGGCGAGAUCGGGCUCGGGAAGAUCGACAACGUGGAGCAGAACGACAUGCUGAGGAAGGUGACUUUCGAUCCCGAGGUCUUUUUCAAUAUCCUGUUGCCUCCCAUUAUUUUCCACGCCGGAUACAGCUUGAAGAAGAGGCACUUUUUUCGCAACCUGGGAUCGAUCCUGGCUUACGCCUUCCUGGGCACCGCGGUCUCCUGUUUCGUCAUCGGGAAUCUCAUGUACGGCGUGGUGAAACUGAUGAAACUGGUGGGACAGCUCUCCGGGAAGUUCUACUACACCGACUGCCUCCUGUUCGGAGCCGUGAUCUCCGCCACCGAUCCAGUGACGGUGUUGGCGAUAUUUAACGAGCUACACGCCGACGUCGACCUCUACGCCCUUCUGUUUGGAGAAAGUGUACUGAACGACGCCGUGGCUAUCGUGUUGUCUUCGUCGAUCGUCGCCUACCAGCCCGCGGCGGGCAGCUCCCACGCCUUCGACGCGGCCGCCUUCUUCAAGUCGGUGGGCGUCUUCCUGGGCAUCUUCAGCGGCUCCUUCGCCAUGGGGGCCGUGACCGGCGUCGGGACCGCCCUCGUGACCAAGUUUACCAAGCUCCACUGCUUCCCCUUGUUGGAAACGGCCCUCUUCUUCCUCAUGUCCUGGAGUACGUUCCUGUUGGCCGAAGCCUGCGGAUUCACAGGCGUCGUAGCCGUGCUCUUCUGUGGAAUCACCCAAGCGCAUUACACCUUCAACAACCUGUCGGCGGAAUCGCGGAGCCGAACCAAGGAGCUCUUCGAAGUCCUGCACUUCCUGGCGGAGAAUUUCAUCUUUUCCUACAUGGGCUUAGCCCUCUUUACCUUUCAGAAGCACAUUUUCAGCCCCAUCUUCAUCGUCGGAGCAUUUGUGGCCAUCUUCCUCGGGCGAGCCGCGCACGUCUACCCCCUCUCCUUCUUUCUCAACCUGGGCCGCAAGCAGAAGAUCGGCUGGAAUUUUCAGCACAUGAUGAUGUUUUCAGGCCUCCGGGGAGCGAUGGCCUUCGCCCUGGCGAUCCGCGAGACGGCCACGGAUUCCCACCGCAUGAUGUUCUCCACCACGCUGCUCAUCGUCUUCUUCACCGUCUGGGUCGUCGGCGGGGGGACCACCCCCAUGCUUUCGUGGCUGAACAUCAGAGUCGGCGUCCAGAGUCGUCCGAGCGACGAUCCGAGCGGGAACCGCUGGCGAUACCUCAGGGUCGGAGUGGAUCCGGACGAAGAUCCGCCGCCGAGCAGCGACAGCUUCCAAGUCCUCCAAGGGGAUGGGUCGGAUCCGGGGAGCGGAAGAAGCCGGACGAAGCAGGAGAGCGCCUGGAUCUUCCGCCUGUGGUACAGCUUCGACCACGAUUACCUGAAGCCCAUCCUGACCCACAGCGGCCCGCCGCUGACCACCACCCUCCCGAGCUGGUGUGGCUUGCUGGCCCGUUGCCUUACUAGCCCGCGGCUUUCCGAGGACGAGGAGCGGCGGCGGGACGAGGACACGGACUUCAUCCUGAACGCCGGGGACCUGACGCUGACCUACGGCGACGUGACGGCCAACGGGCCGUCCGCCCGCGCGGCCGCCUCCAGCCCGGACGGGCUCCGGCCGGACGACGACGAGGAAGAGGAGGAAGAGGAGGAGGAGGAGGCCGGCGGCGGGUUCGAGGGUCCGGCCCGGGGGACCCGCCUCGUGUUACCCCUGGAGGACGACGCCUGAGGGCCCGGGGCCUCCACC